UUUAAACGUUUACCUCACUAAAGCCAAUUAGUGUGAAUUGAAGCCACUCUCUGUACUGAUUUUUUUAUUGCAACUGUUGUUAUUAAUAUAAUCAUUAUGUCAUAGUAUCUAUAUAUAGGUAAGUUCAAAAAUGCAAAUGGAUGCUAAGCUAGAGACAUAAUAGAAGUAUAUGCAGCACAUGUAAGAUCUGCGUAUGGAAAUAGAGAGGAGUAUGGCCAUGGGAAAUGAGGAAGUGGUGAUGGUGAAAGAAGAACUACUCGACAACAAGAGCAAACCGCGGCGUCGACGAGGAGGCAUCCGGACACUGCCUUUCAUCCUUGCUAAUGAGGUAUGUGAUAGAUUUGCGGUGACUGGUUUUAAUGGUAACUUGAUAAGUUACCUAACUCAAGAGUUGAAUAUGCCAUUGGUAUCAGCUGCAAACACACUCACAAUCUUUGGUGGAACAGCUAGCUUCACACCUCUCAUUGGUGCUCUCAUUUCAGAGUCCUUUGCUGGUCACUUCUGGACCAUUACCAUUGCUUCCAUCAUUUAUGAACUGGGAAUGAUAAGCAUAACAUUAUCAACUAUACUCCCACACAUGCGUCCUCCACCAUGUCCAACUCAAGUGAAUUGUCAAAAAGCAAACUCCUCACAAUUAUCAAUAUUUUUCAUCUCUCUUGUUCUCAUAUCUCUUGGAUCAGGUGGUAUUAGACCUUGUGUUGUGCCAUUUUUAGGAGAACAAUUUGAUAUGUCAAAAAAAGGUGUAGCAUCAAGAAAAUGGAACAUUUUCAAUUGGUAUUUUUUCUUCAUGGGUAUAGCUUCUUUAAGUGCUUUGACCAUUGUUGUUUACAUUCAAGACAAUACUGGUUGGGGUUGGGGAUUUGGCAUACCAACAAUUGUCAUGUUAUUGUCCAUUGUGGCCUUUGUGUUUGGUUCACCAUUCUAUAGGACUGAGAAACCUAAAGGGAGCCCUAUGGUUCGUUUGGCACAAGUGAUUGUGGCAGCCGUGAAAAAGAGGAAACAUACUUUACCAAAUGAUCCCAAAUUUUUAUACCAAAAUAGGGAGAUUGAUGCUGCUAUUGCUUUGGAAGGAAGGCUUUUGCACACAAAUGACUACAAAUGGUUGGACAAGGCUGCAAUCAUCACCGGGGAAGAGAGCACAGAACCAAAUGCACCAUCAAACUUUUGGAAAUUAGCCACUGUCCAUAGAGUUGAGGAGUUAAAAUCCAUCAUCAGAAUCCUUCCAAUUUCAGCAUCAGGAAUUUUACUUAUAGCUGCCUCAGCACACCUUCCUAGUUUCGUCAUCGAACAAGCUCGAACAAUGGACCGUCACCUCUCUCACACAUUUCAAAUUUCACCAGCCAACAUGUCAGUUUUCAGUGUUGUAACCAUGAUGGCAGGAGUAAUUCUUUAUGAACGCGUAUUCAUCCCAAUCGUCCGUAAAUUCACAAAUAAUCCGGUUGGAAUCACGUGCAUACAAAGAAUGGGAAUUGGAUUUAUAAUCAACAUUAUAGCCACAUUAAUCUCAGCACCAGUUGAAAUCAAAAGAAAAGAAGUUGCUGCUAAGUAUAACUUAUUGGAUGAUCCAAAAGCAAUUAUUCCAAUAAGUGUAUUUUGGUUGGUACCUCAAUAUUGUUUUCAUGGACUUGCUGAUGUUUUUAUGUCUGUUGGACUUUUUGAAUUUCUCUUUGAUCAAGCACCUGAAAGUAUGAGAAGUACUGCUACAGCUAUCUAUUGCAUAAUCAUAGCUAUUGGAAGCUAUGUUGGUACAUUUAUAGUGACACUAGUGCAUAAAUAUAGUGGCAAGGAAAAUAAUUGGUUACCUGAUAGGAACCUUAAUAGGGGUAAAUUGGAAUAUUAUUAUUAUCUUGUUAGUGGUGUUCAAGUUCUAAAUCUCAUUUAUUUUGGAAUUUGUUUUUGGUUUUACACUUACAAGCCCUUGGAAGAAAUUGCUGAAAUUAACAAGGAAGAAGAUUUGGAACAAGUUGAUACAAAAAACUUGGCUGCCAAUUUAGAAUAGAAAGUUUAGAAAAAAAUUGUAAGAGUGGUUGAUUUGUAUUAUUGGACUCUUUGAAUGUUCAAUGCUUCUGUAAGUGGCAUAUGUAAUAAGAAGAACAUGCCAGAGUCUAGAGUAUUUGCUUUUUAUUAAUUCAAAUCUAAUGAGUGAUUUUAUUUUGUUAAA